AUGUCUGAAACACCGAUUUCGUUUACAAAUCUUCCUCAUGAGUUGAUCUUGGAGAUAUUAAUCUCUAAUCGUCUCAAUGCGAUUGAUCUAGUGAACAUCGAAUUAACCUCUAAAGUAUUCGGAUGGGGCUUAUACCCUCCAGAUUUCAAAUCAGUCGCUGAUCACGCAGCGUCUAGGUUAUGCUCUAUGCAUCCAAUCUUCAUGGGUUUGUCUCUGAAUAACCAGAAGAGACUCGUUACGAGAUGCAACAGUAACUGGAAAAGGGUCUUGAGAUUCUUGCAAUCAAUUGUGAAAAGCUCCAAAGACAAUAUGCAAAUGAAGAAGACAGGAAGAGAAAGAAAAAUUGUAACCAAUAUUAGGAAUAGGCAUGUAGACUACUCUUGUUGUUCAAGUAUGUUUGGGGAUCUUGCUCAAUGGCCAGAAGCUAGACUACGCUGCGUAAAAUUGUCGCGUAGUGAGAGGUGGAGAGAUUUCUCCUUCGCUGCUCAAGUGAUUCAAGUAUCAGCUAGCGAGAAUAAUGCUGCUUUCGUAAUGCGGUCUGGAGAGGUUUUAACUUGCGGGAAGAAUUAUCUCUUCGGUUGUGGUCACUUAGAAACAGACCUUCCAAUAGAUAGUCACAAGCUCGUUGAGGCUUUGGAAACGAUUCCUUGUAAACAGGUGGCUACUGGACUCUACUCCACUGUGUUUUUGACAAGGGAAGGGCAUGUGUAUACCGUUGGAGGAAACACACAUGGGCAACUUGGUCAUGGUGAUACCAUGAACAGACAAGAACCUACAAUAGUUGAACAGCUUAAGAACAUUGGUCCGGUUGUGCAAAUUUCGGCUGGACCACAGCAUGUCUUGGCUUUAACCGAGGAUGGAUCAGUUUACUCUUUUGGAGAUGGGUAUGACCUCUGUCUUGGUCAUGGGGAUUCUCAGGAUAAACUCCUACCAACUGCUAUUCAGGCUUUUAAAACUAAAGGUGUUCAUAUACUUCGUGUUUGUGCUGGUGAUAGGCAUGUGUUCGCUUGUGACUCUAAUGGUGAUGUAUACACGUGGGGUCGAGGUAGCAAGGAGGACAAGCCCAUUCCUGAGGUUUUGGUUAGCUUGAAGAACCAUCUAGCAAUUCAGGUUUGUGCAACAAAGAUGGAUACUUUUGUUGAGGUCGAAGGCGGUUUAGUGUACAGUUUCCACGAACUUAGAAGCCUCUAUCCUAAUGAAAUGGACUAG